UACACAUUCAAACGUAAACAAAGUGAAUCGGUAAUGUAUAAAAGGGAGAGAGUAAUCCAUUUGUAAGGUUGAAAGUCUCCAUAUCACGAUGAAAACAAUCUUCAUUCUCUCUCUGGCUGUCUGUUUUUUCGCUGUUCAAACUGAAUGUAACCCCGGUUCAGCGAUGAAUAAUUUGUUUCUGGAGGUUGCACAGACUUUUGGAAGCCUGAAAACAUGCGCAACCAAAACCAAUGGAAUGGUGGAGGAAUAUUUCAAAGAAGAUAAUUUGGGUCAGAAAAUGAAUGAAGUUAUGCAGAUUCUUAUUCAACGAUUGAAUAGACGCAUUAAAAAGAUUUGCUCAUAAACUCACACCAACCUGUCAAUCAAGCAAUCAGCCGAUUUGUGCCGAUAAAAAUGGAUGGACAAUCAACCACUGAACAUAAUUUACAAGCGAUUAAUUAUAUUGUAACUAAAACAUUUUUUUCUACAUGUUUUCAAUGUGUAAUUUAAUAAAAUUUGUACACUGUGCACAGUUUGAA